CUGACGUCACCUCCACACACACACACCACAAGUGGAGCUGUGUGACGAAACACCUGUUAAUUCCACGCGAAAAGUGUCCGAUAACAAACGUGUCCGUGCUGCAGCCACGACGGCGUUCGCAGUAUGAAAAUCCACCGUGUGUUUCAUCUCCUUUUCACUGCCACAUGUAACGCACGUGUCGUCCGGUUCCAGGAACUGCGCCGUCGUUAACCCUUUACGCGCUGCACAAAAGUCGCCUUUCAGAACGUUUCCACAGGAUUAAAACGACGCAUCGUUUCUCCUGAGCUGCUUGGCGAGUUUGUACAGGUAGAAAACAUCCGAGAUAAAAACAGACACGUGAAUGCACAAUGCGUGUUUAGUGUUUAGGUCGGAGUGCAGUGUACACGGCACGGAUGUGCGAGUCCCGGUAAUCCAGGCCGGGUCUUGUGUGUCACUCGUCUCCCAUGUUGUGACUACCAGCAGCAGCAGCAGAGCGAGGCGCUGCCCUGACGCUCAGCCAUUUCAGCAAGUUCCUGUUCAACUUCUUGCACUUAUAUAUAAAAUAUAUAUAUAUAUAUAGAGAGAGAGAAAGAGAAAAGCAUGGCUGAUUACGCGGAUGAUACCGGAGCUCGAGCACUGCUUGCUCUGAAGUCCGCCCCGUGCAGCCCGGUGCGCGGUGCGAGUCCCGUGCCGCCGCCGACACACGCGCUCUCUCCCCCGGCGCAGGCCCUCGCGCGUCUCCACGGCCGCGACUUCGAGUUCGUUAUGCGCCAGCGUUCCGUCACGGUGGGUCGCAACUCGUCGCACGGCUCCGUGGACGUCAACAUGGGCCACUCGAGCUUCAUCUCGCGGCGCCACCUGCAGAUUACCUUCGAAGAGCCCGACUUCUAUUUGCGCUGCCUCGGGAAGAACGGCGUGUUCGUGGACGGCGUGUUCCAAAGGAGAGGCGCGCCGCCGAUCCAGUUACCCAGAGAGUGCACGUUUCGUUUUCCCAGCACUGUGAUAAAGAUUCAGUUUACGGCAUUGUACCACAAAGUGGCGCUGAAGGAGGAGGCGCCCAUGUCCCCAGUGAGACCUUUGUACCCACAGAUCUCGCCUCUGAAAAUCACCAUUCCUGAAAAUGACUUCAGAAGCAUGAUGAGUCCCCUACCUUCACCCACAGGAACCAUCAGUGUGCCUAACUCGUGUCCGGUGAGUCCUCGGGGCGCAGGCUCCUCUGGCUACCGCUAUGGACGCAACAUAACCUCUGACCUGCAGUUAGCAGCUGAGUAUGCGGCCAAAGCUGUAUCAGAGCAUCGCACAGAGGUGUCUGACAGAGACAGCCCCAAGGACGAGUCCAAGCCCCCAUACUCGUACGCACAGCUGAUUGUUCAGGCCAUAUCGUCAGCUCCAGAGCGACAGCUGACGCUAAGCGGCAUUUACGCUCACAUCACCAAGCAUUACCCCUACUACAGGACUGCGGAUAAGGGCUGGCAGAACUCCAUCCGGCACAACCUGUCACUGAACCGCUACUUCAUCAAAGUGCCACGCUCUCAGGAGGAGCCGGGAAAGGGCUCGUUCUGGCGUGUCGACCCCUCGUCAGAGGCCAAGCUGGUGGAGCAGUCCUUCCGCAAACGCCGUCAGAGAGGCGUGUCCUGCUUCCGGACACCCUUUGGCCCUCUGUCCUCAAGGAGUGCCCCAGCCUCACCCACUCACUCAGGCCUGCUGUCUCCUCACUCGAGCGGCCUGCAGACCCCAGAGUGUCUGUCUCGUGAGGGUUCACCUGUUUCCCACGAGCAUGAGUUUAGCAGCAAGCUGGCAUCGGUGCCCGAGUUCAGAUACUCUCAGAGCGCUCCAGGCUCUCCGGUGAGCACACAGCCUGUGAUCGUGGCUGUGCCUCCUCAGCCCUCGGUGGCGGUGGCAAAGCCCAUGGCCUACAUGCCCGCGUCCAUCCUCUCUUCCCAGCAAGCCUCGGGUCAGGCCGUGCACGUUCUCCAACAAGCUCCAGCCGUCACCAUGGUGCGCGUUCUCAACACCGCCUCCAGCUCCGCCAACGGAUACGUCCUGGCCAACAUUGGCUCCGGGGAAAGUUCCGGAGAACACAGAGGUGCUGUGGACGAGAUGGUAGCCCCAUCCAUCCCCGCAGGCAGUCGAGUCAUUCAGUCUGUGGGGAGCCACCUGAGUUCAGCCUCUAGAGGGCAGCAAAGUUACGCUCUUCUGCAGGCAGCUUCCAUACCUUUGGGGCAGCACCAGCUCCCGGUGCAGACCAUCACCCAGAACGGAAAACACGCCCUCCCCACUGCCACCAUCUCACCCAACACUUACGCUUUCACCAACCCUCUUCAGAUCCUGGCAGCGCAGGCCUCCACCUCACCCCCGGUGCUAGUCAACAGACCCUCCAGCGUGGAGAUGGAGCAAGCGGGGCUGCAGGAGCCCGAGGCCAAACGGCCCAAGAAGGAUGAUGACGGCCUGAUGUCGGUCCCUCAGCCUGUCAUCGUGGCGAUGACUCCAGAGAGCAGUAACUGAGAGAGAGAGGGAGAGAGAAUAGUGUUAGCACAACAUGCCAUUUGUUAUUGAGGGGAAAUUGAGUUUAAAUUUUUUUUUUUUUAUAUAAGAUCUUCAGUGAUAGAGAGAAAGAGCUGUGAGCGAGUGUGCGUUAUAAGAGCGGGUAGGAGUUAAACAAAUUAUCCUUUAAGCCUUAAAAAAAAACGCAAAUGCUGAGACGGUUUUAAUUCAGUGUGCAUCUUAAAGAGGAUGCGAACUGUCCCUUAAAGCUAUUAGAGAUGUGAAUGCACACGCGAGGCACCAUGCUGACGUCUUGUUCUUCACAAGGUACAGUCUAAAGCAGUACUCAGACCAGGUUGGGGCGGGACCAAUAAUAAAAUAAUAGCUAAGCAGCUACUUCUCUACGGGGGCAAUGGCCUCUCUCUCAGAAACGAGUAUUAAGCAUUACGCUCGUCGGCUUUCUUUCAUCUCCAGCGGAAGCUCAGAUUUAUUUAGGAGUCUGCGCUAUAAUCACCAGGUGGAAACGCCUUCUGUUAGAAUUGGAUUGAAAACGGAAACGUUUUCACACAAAAAUAAAAACGUACAUCCAUUUCAAGGUCUUUUUUUUUUUUUUUUUCUCCAGCCUUGAAGUCUGCUAUAAAGUAUUUUUCUAUGGUGGGAUAUCAGCUUGCGUAUUUAGACGGAAGUUGUGAAGAGAAACGUCUAGCACACGUCUGCAAACUCUAUGAAUGUAUGUAGCUUCUGUUCCUUUUUUCAUUGUUCACGCCUCUCUCUGACUAAACACACCAGGAAAUAUGAACGGAAUUUCCUUAGUGUUUAAUGUUUUUAAAAAAGAAAAAAAAAAGGAACCUUAAGGCGCGCGCACACACACGCACACAGCCGGCCAUUCUCUGUACGUUUUUCUACAUCAAAUGUUUGGCUAAGGAUGACGUUAUCUAAUACAAUAUGUAUUAUUUAAUAAUAAUAAUAAUUCAUCCACACACACACACGUUAUUAACGCUGGAUUAUUUCAUUAGACCGAGGAGCUACUGACAACCAAAAACAUUUUCCUUUAUAUAUAUUUCUAAAGACCUGGGAAUGUAAUAAUGUAAUGACUAAUAUGAAUUAUUCAGAGACUUCUCCAUUUAUCCGCCUUCCUCUAACUUUAGGACGAUGCUGAGAGGCACCUAAUGAAUGUUUUUUUUUUUUUUUUUAAGCAGACGUUCUUAUCAUUUUAUUCACGGUUAUCAUUUUAUUUUUUCUUAGACUUGAUCAUUUUUUACUACUCGAGUACAAAUGCAGUGUUUGACAAUCACUAACCUAACAAGGUGGUGUCAGUUUCCACUUUAUAAAAAGAUAUAAAGGAGCACCAACAACAGCAAGUCGCAAUAUUUAACCUGAGAAAACACUCAAAAAGACCAAAUGAUUAUUAUUAUUAUUAUUAUUAUUAUUAUUAUCCAUAUCAUUAGUGCCUUGAGCUCUGUAGCAAAGAUACUGCUUCAAACUCUACUACCUGCUGCUUGGAAGUUAAAACACUGAAGCGUUUUCACUCUUCAGGGUUGGAACGAUACGAGAACACUGUCCCAUCUGUCAACGUGAGUUUAGUUAACGCGCAGUGAUCAAAAGAACUGAAAAACUUAUUUUCUGACAGCACAUAUCAUACUGAAAUGAUCGAUUUUUAUCGAGAAAUCACUAGAAGUUUUCUCCAUACGUGCGUAACAUAUAACGGGGUAUUUUGGGGGGUGGGGGGUGUUCAGGAAGCUUUUUCCCUUUCCCUUUUUUUUUUUUUUUUUUUUUUAAGGUAUCUAUGUAAUUAAUAAAUGCAUUUUCCCCCCUCUCUUUUACUUAUAAUGUCUUCUUUAGUGUUUCUCACUGGCUGUAAAUCUACCCAAGUAAAAAAAAAAAAAACACACACACACGAGUCUCUGAAUCUUCAAGCAUUAAGAGCCUUCAGGCUUUUAAACUUCUCAGUAAUGAUUAAGCACUUGGGUUAAGGUUUAGAGUGUUUUUUCCUUAAACCCACUGAUGGAUGAAGCAUUUUUUUUCCCGAGCCUCUAUCGGUGAAUCUCUCUAAAGUAUUUUUCGUCUGCUGAUCCUGAUGUAUUUGAUUUGUGUGCUUUGGAUGUUUUAUGCAUAUUAGCUUAUGCAAGUGUUUAUACACUAAACAUUUCUAAUUUAAGAAUUAAGUCUAAUAAACUGAUGCACGUUUUCUUUUCACUUCUUAGUCGCUAGGACUUUUCUUUACUGAAUCGUGUUAGUCCACGUUCGACAGCAAUGCCGUUGUUAUUCUAACCAUCCUGUCGUUCGUACAUGUUCCGUAGUAUUUAUCUGAUCUUUUCACUCAGAAAUAAAGAGUAGAUGUCGUGUCGUUUUGUUCCUUCUGAAUUGUACAGCAGCUGUAACAGGGCUACGACAGUGUCAUGAUUAGCUUUCUUACCCAGUUUACUAACAGAGCGUGUUAUGAACUGUUUUAUAUUUUAGUCACUGUGUUCAUAUAGGGCUGUUUGUUCAAAGCUUUUGUCUCAGCAGACUUUCACCAAACUCUGCUCUGUAUAUUCUUAUAAAAUCACCGAGAAUUCUUGUUUAAACUGAAAAAGAAAAAAAAAAGCUAUAGAUAACGGAUAUAAUUUCUGAAAGGAACUAUUUUUUAUAUCCCUACCAAUAUAUCAAUUUCUUUAGAAACUUUUCACUCAUGCAAAAAAAACUUGUAUACCUGGUAUAUCGUCGUCUUUCUUUUCAUUUUCUUUUCAGAUUUGAUCUGAUUACAUGCAAGAAGUUUUAAUGUAAUAAGGCAUUUCUCUAUGCACAUGUGCAGCUCUUGUCUGUUUUCUUUACUGCCUUGUGGACAGCUCUAGGAAAUGCUGAAAUGUGACCACAGCCUAUUAAAAGGUUUGAGAUGUCUAAGGCAUCCUGUUCUUGUGUUGUUUGUUUUUUUGUUGUUUUUUUUUAAUGUUACAUGAACAUUGUCGGAGUCUGUUCUUAAUGACAUAACACUGUGUGUGAAGGAUUUGCUUGCCUUUAUGUCUGAUACAGAUUUCUUACCACAUGUCAUUCUAAAAGUAAAGCUUUACACAGAACUCA